UCCAAGCAAACACUCGCUCGAUGAUCUUCAGCAACCGCACACCCUGGUCCACACGGAACUCCUCCUGUCACACACACACACACAGACACAAAGAGGAGGAAGAUGUGCGACGUGCAGCUGCUGCGGGAGUCGGUACAUGAGCGGAUCAGCGCCGCCGCCGAAGACUUUCUGCUGCAGCUGGAGAAAGGAGGAGAAACGGCUCGAGUCCCGGAGCUGAGAGCGAUGCUAACCGAGCGGCUAACGGCGGCGGCGGAGGAGAUCGUCGCGGUGUUCGAAGACAGAAUGGAGCGGUCCGAGCGGGAGAUCUGCCGCCAGAGGAGGCUGCUGGAGGCCGUGAUGAAGCCCCAACUCCGGCUGCACCGAGUUGUGUGUCCUGCAGACGUACAGCCGCUGAUGGUGAAUAAAGAAGAGGUUCCCCCUGAGCAGCAGCAGUGGAGCCCCCUUGUGGACCAGGAGGACCGAAAGCCCCCCCAUAUUAAAGAGGGACAGGAGGAACUGUUGACCAAUCAGGAGGGAGAGCAGCUUCAACAACUUGAGCAGGCUGAUAUCAAGUUCACAUGGACUGCUGUCACCAUGAAGAGUGAAGAAGAUGAAGAGAAACCUGAGUUGUCACAGCUUCAUCAGAGUCAGACUGAGGAGAACAGAGCAGACUGUGGAGAACAAGAACCAGCCAGGAACUCAGGUCCUGAUGGACAUUUACAACCAGGUACUGAAGAUAGUGAAGAUGAUUGGAUGCAGACCAGGGAACCUCAGUCUGGUUUAAAUACAAAAAAUAACAAACAGCCUCUAAGUGAUAUGAAAUGUAAAACUGGUAAGAAAGCAUUUGGUUGUUCUGAGUGUGGGAAAAGAUUCAGACGAAACUGCGAUCUAACUGAACAUAUGACGAAUCAUUCAGGAGAGAAACCGUUAAAUUGCUCCGAGUGUGGUAGAAGAUUCAUACGAAGGAACCAUCUAAAUAUACAUAUGAGGACUCAUACAGGAGAGAAACCGUAUAGCUGCUCCGAGUGUGGUAGAAGAUUCAGACUAAAGGGCAAGCUAACUGUACAUAUGAAGAAUCAUACAGCAGAGAGGCCGUUUAGUUGCUCCGAGUGUGUUAAAAGAUACAGACGAAAGGGCGAGCUUACUGCACAUAUGAGAAUUCAUACAAGAGAGAAACUGUUUAGUUGCUCCGAGUGUGGUCAAAGAUUCAGAAUGAAGCGUGAGCUUGCUGUACAUAUGAGGACUCAUAAAGGAAAGAAACAGAUUAGUUGCUCCGAGUGUGGUCAAGGAUUCAGACUAAAGGGUGAGCUAACUGUACAUAUGAGGACUCAUAAAGCAGAGAAACAGAUUAGUUGCUCCGAGUGUGGUCAAGGAUUCAGACUAAAGGGCGAGCUAACAGUACAUAUGAAGACUCAUAAAGGAGAGAAACCGAUGAGUUGCUCCGAGUGUGGAAGAAGAUUCGCACAUAAAUGUCAUCUAACCAUGCAUAUGAGGGAGCAUACAGCAGAGAAACCAUAUAUUGGUAAAAGACGAAUGGCUGAUGCAACUGCAUAUUACUAACUCUAAUCCUAACCCUAUUAAUAUAGGAGAGAUUUGUUUUGUCCCUAGAAAAAGUAACUCAUUGAAUAACAUGAAAGAUAUUGUUGAUAUAUCUUGUUUCUACGGAUUUGAUUUAUGCAAUAUAUGUUACAUACCCUUAUUUACUUAUGUAUUUUUCAUAAUGUCCUCCAUGUCUGGUAAAAAAUCUGCUCUAAAUUAACAGUGGAAUAUACAUAAGCAAAGUCAUAAAGGAGAGAAACUAUUAAGUUGGUAAAAGAUUUAAAGUAAUGGGCAAUCUGUGUAUACGAUGAGUCAUACAGCAGAUCAUUAUUUUACUUGCUCUCAGUGUGGAAAAAGAUUUAACUGUAGUUACAAUUUAAAGAGACUUACGAGGAUUCAUACAGGAGAGAAAUUAAUCCCUUUGCAACAAAAUAUUUAUAUAGAUCUAUCAGCAGCUAUCGAUAUCCGUAUUAAUAGUUCACUGUUGUAAAAAGAGAAUUAAGAAUCCCUCAACCUGUUUAGUGUUAAACAACUUUUAUGUUCCUAGAAAAUACAACUCAUUGAAUAACAUGAAAUAUUUGUGUUGAUAGUUAUUGUUUCUACUGAUUUAUGACCCAUAUAAUUCACACCUAUACAGUGAAAGAAAUAAGUAUUUGAUCCCUUGCUGAUUUUGAAUGUUUGCCCACUCACGAAUAAAUGAACAAUAUCCAGAUCGUAUAACUCACAUCAUAUAAUAAAUUGAUAUGCAUUUGAUUGUGUGAAAUAUAAGUAUUUGAUCCACAGAUUUUCUAUGGAAAUAAGGUCCGGAGACUGGCGCGGCCACUCCAUGACAUUAAUGUGCUUCUUCUUCAGCCACUCCUUUGUUCCCUUGACCAUAUGUUUCGGGUCAUUGUCGUGCUGGAAGACACAUCCACGACCAUUUUCAAUGUCCUGGCUGAGGGAAGAAGGUUGUCGCCCUAGAUUUCACGGUACAAGGCCCGGUCCAUCCUCCUCUCGAUGUGGUGAAGUCGUCCUGUCCCCUUAGCAGGGAAACACCCCCAAAGCUUCUUCUCAAAACAGUGCGAGUCCAGUUGAUGCCAAAGAGCUUGAUUUUGUCUCAUCUGACCACAUCACCUUCUCCUAAGCUUUCCCAGAAUCAUUCAGGUGUUCAUUGUUAACCAUCAGACGGCCUGUGUCUUCUUGAGCAGGGGGACCUUACUGGUGCAACAGGAUUUGAAUCCACUACGGCAUAGUGUGUUACCGAUGCUUUUCUUGGUGACUGUGGUCCCAGCUGUCUUGAGAUCAUUGACAGGUUCCUCCUGUGUAGCUCUGGGCUGAUCUCCUCACCUAUCUCAUGAUCAUCGAUGCCCCACGAGGCGAUAUCUUGCGUGGAGCCCCAGACCGAGGGUGAUUGAUGGUAAUUUUGUGUUUCUUCCAUUUCCGAAUAAGCGCACCAACAUUUGUCUACUUCUCACUAAGCUGCUUGCCGAUGGUCUUGUAGCCCAUUCCAGCCUUGUGCAGGUUUAAGAUCUUGUCCCUGGCGUCCUUACAGCUCUUUGGUCUUAAUCCAUGGUGGUGAGGUUAGAAUCUGACUGAUUGAUUCUGUGGUUGGCGUAUGAGUUUGUAUAAAUGCACAAAUAAACAUGUACAAAUACA